AUGUUGUCGCGGUCUGCCUUCGGCCGUACUGCGCCGCGUGCGCUCCGGACGCAAUGCUGUGCUGUCAGUGCCAACAGCCGUCGGGGACUCGCCUCGGCCGCUCCAAGCCUCCAGUACGAGACUGCUGAGGCUGCGGGCGUCAAGUUUGCCAAUCGGGAAGUCGAGGGUCCUACGUCGACGCUGUCGCUGGUUGCAAAGGCCGGUCCCCGCUACCAGCCUUUCCCUGGCUUCUCCGACGCCCUCGAGCAAUUCGCCUUCAAGUCCACUUUGAAGCGAUCGGGCCUACGGAUCACUCGGGAAACAGAGCUGCUGGGUAGCGAAGUUAGUGCGAAGCGUUCGCGGGAGAACAUCAUUCUCCAGGCCAAGUUCCUCUCGGGCGAUCUCCCGUACUUCGCAGAACUGCUGGCUGAAGUUGCCUCUCAAACCAAAUUCACGACUCAUGAAUUGAACGAGCUUGUUCUCGAGACCAUCAAGCACCGGCAACACGCUCUCUUGGCCUCGCCUGAAAACCUGGCUCUGGAUGCGGCGCACGGUGCUGCUUUCCACCGCGGACUCGGUGAGAACAUCGUUCCGUCAACUUCUACGCCGUUUGAGCAGUACCUCUCCGCAGAGGCUAUUGCCGAGUUUGCCAAGGGAGCGUAUGCCAAACCCAACAUCGCUCUGGUUUCUACCGGAACAAGCUCCUCGGAGCUGUCUAAGUGGGUCAGCCAGUUCUUCAGCGACCUCCCCAGCAGCACGGCUUCUGGUCAGUUCAAGCCGAAGGAGAGUGUGCCUUCGAAGUUCUACGGCGGCGAGCAGCGCGUUCCCAGCAAGGCCGGCAAUGCCAUUGUCAUCGCUUUCCCCGGUUCCGCUACUUACGGCGCUUCGAACUACAAGCCUGAAGCUGCUGUUCUGGCUGCCCUCCUGGGCGGUGAAUCGUCCAUCAAAUGGUCUCGUGGCUUCUCGCUCCUGGCGAAGGCCGCUGAGGGCUUCUCCCAGGUCCGUGUUUCGACGAAGAACCACGCUUACUCGGAUGCUGGCCUCUUCGCCAUCACUAUUUCCGGCAAAGCCGAUGACGUCGCUGCUGUCAGCAAGAACGCUGCCGACGUCCUGAAGAAGGUCGCUGCUGGCGACGUUUCCAGCGAGGACUUCAACAAGGCCGUCGCCCAGGCCAAGUUCCGCGCUCUUGAGUCUGCCCAGCUCCUCGAGACGGGCGUCGAGCUCACUGGAUCCGGCCUGAUCAGCGGUGCCAAGCCUUACCAGAUUGGAGAGGUUGCCCAGAGCUUCGACAAGGUUUCCCAGCAGCAGGUCCAGGAGCUUGCCAAGUCCUUCCUCUCCGGAAAGGCCGCCGUCGCUGCCGUCGGAGACCUCUUCAAGCUGCCUUACGCCACGGACCUUUGUCUGACUGUUUAA